GGCACACGAAUCAUACCAGAUCCCUGCUAAUCGUGUCACGAUAAAACCCUAAAAACCCGACCUAUCUUCUUCUCUACUGACGUCUUCCUUAUCCCGGCCGUCAAUGGCGAAGACCGCCGCCCGCUCCGAUCCCUCCAAGAAGGAGAAGAAGAAGAAGAAGGGGAAAGGGGCAAAGCGUCUGCCCUCCGGCCCCGCCGCUGCUGCCAUGAAGGCGGCGAAGCCGCCCCCCACAUUGAACCCCUUCGAGACCAUAUGGUCUCGCAGAAAGUUCGACGUCGUCGGCAAGCGACGUAAGGGUGAGGAGCGUCGUAUCGGUCUCUCCCGAUCUCUCGCCGUCGAGAAGAGGAAGAAGACUUUGCUGAAGGAGUAUGAGCAAAGUGCAAAGUCAUCCGUGUUUUUGGACAACCGAAUUGGAGAAAAGGAUGAUACUCUACAAGAAUUCGACAAAGCCGUGUUACGUCUUCAACGUGAGCGCCAGGCCCAAAAAGUAAAGGAGAAAGAAGAAGAUGAAAGUCUAAUGGCGAAGCUAGAUGAAGACUUUAGUAUGUUGGCCCAAACAGAGGCACUACAGGCUUUAUCUCAUCCAAGUAAGAUGAAUGCUUUGAAGGCUUUGUUGAACAAGGACAUCAAGAGGGAGUCCUUAAAAGAAGGAUCAUCAGGUUUAUCAGACAACAAACUUAUUGAGAAAGGUCAUCCUGAUGCUUAUGACAAACUUGUAAAAGAGCUGGGUUCAGAUAGGAGAGCUCAUGCAUCAGACAGGACAAAAACUCCAGAAGAAAUAGCCCAAGAAGAAAAGGAGCGUCUAGAAGAACUGGAGAAGCAACGUCGAGAAAGGAUGCUUGCUACCGAUGAUUCUACUGAUGAAGGCAGUGAUGAUGAUAAUGUAGAAAUACAAAAUUCAGCAUCAAUUAAGAUCAGACCUACUUCUGGGGAUGAUCUUGGAGACUCCUUUUCCAUUGCUGAUGAUGUGACGGGCAAAAAAGGCUGGAUUGAUGGCAUAUAUGAACAAAAUGAUGCAGAUAAUCAAGAUGAAAGUGAUUCAUCUUCCCAGGAUUCAGAAGGUGAUGAAGAUAAUGAAGGAGAUGGUGAUGGGAAAGAUGGUAGUGGUGAUGAGCAUGUAAAUAUAUCCACCAUGAAAGAUUGGGAGCAAAGUGAUGAUGAUGAUGACGGUCUGAAUAUGGAUGGUGAAGAAACAGAGAACAUUGAUGAGAAAGAAGUGGCCAUUGGUGAUAAGCUUACCUUGGAUUUGCAUGAAGUGAAAACUAGUUCAUCUCAUGAGAUGAAUGCUGCUGGAAAUCUGGCUCCAGCAAAAGAGAAGGAACUUCCUUAUGUAAUUGAAGCUCCAAAGAACCUGACAGAGCUAUGUUCCUUGCUGGAUAGCCGUUCAGAUGAUGAAGUUGUGGAGAUCAUUAAUCGGAUUCGAGCAUACAAUUCAAUAAGACUUGCAGCAGAAAACCGGAAGAAAAUGCAAAUCUUCUAUGGUGUUCUGUUGCAGUAUUUUGCUGUUUUAGCUACUCAAAGUCCAUUAAAUUUCAAAAUUAUAAAUUCACUUGUUAAACCUUUGGUAGAGAUGAGCGCAGAAACCCCCUAUUUUGCAGCCAUUUGUGCUAGGCAGCGACUGAUACAUAUACGAACUCACUUCCUGGAGGAUAUUAAGAACCCAGGAAAGAGCUGCUGGCCAACUCUGAAGACUUUGCUUCUGUUGAGGCUCUGGUCACUGGUAUUUCCGUGCUCUGAUUUUCGUCAUGUCGUUAUGACUCCUGCACUUCUCCUGAUGUGUGAGUAUCUGAUGCGUUGUCCCAUAAACUCGGGUCAAGAUGCAGCACGUGGAUCUUUUUUGUGUUCAUUGGUAUUCUCGGUGUGUAAACAAUCCCAGAAGUUUUGUCCUGAGGCUAUAAUAUACUUGCAAACACUGUUAACAUCCUCCAUAGAGUUAAAACUUGGACUUCAACAACAUUCACAGUUAAACCAUCUUAUGGAGAUUAGAGUGCUGAAACCUUGGCUCCACAUAACUGAUCAGACAUGUGCUAUACAUCCUCUUGAUUUCUUUGCAGUCAUGGAGAUGCAAGAAGAGUCACCUUUUUUUGCCACUGACACUUUCAGGGCCAGUGUUCUGUCAUCAGUUUCAGAAACACUGAAAGGAUUCAUCAUCAUCUAUGAAGGAUUCAGCUCUUUUGCAGAAAUAUUCUCACCAAUUUCCAAUUUGCUGCAUGAAGUGUUGCAAAAUCCUAACUUGCCAGGGUUAUUACGAGACAAGAUGCAAGAUGUUCUUGAUUUGAUCAAGAAGAAAACUGAUGAACAUCACAUGUUUAGAAAACCGCUUCAAAUGCGGAAACAGAAGCCAGUGCCAAUAAAGCUACUGAAUCCAAAAUUUGAAGAGAACUUUGUAAAGGGUAGAGAUUAUGAUCCAGAUCGAGAGAGAGCAGAGAUGAAGAAAUUGAAAAAGCUCCUUAAAAGUGAAAAGAAAGGAGCGAUACGUGAACUACGAAAAGAUAGCCAAUUUGUGUCUGGAUUAAAAGAGACAGGUAGGUUAAUGCAGGAAGAAGAAAGAGCAGAGAAAUAUGGAAAGGCUAUGGCUUUCCUCCAAGAACAGGAGUAUGCUUUCAAGUCUGGACAAUUAGGAAAAGGCAGGAAGAGGAGGAGAUGAAACUUAGCUUCAUUUUAUGUCUGGUUUAUAUGUAUUGUUUUCAAGCUUUACAAGGAGUCUGCAAGAGGGUUGUUCUUAUAGCUGAUUCCGAAAAGGGCUUUAGAUUAGUUUGAACUUGCAGAGGUAUUUCCAACCAAAGAAUUGAAGAACUCAAGUGUAUCCUCCAGUUAGGGUUUUAGAUUUGGUUGCUCCCUUUGUGCCAUUCUAAUGCAUAUCUUUACCAGCUCGAGCUUGUGUAAACUUAAUUGUUUCUUAAAUUAUUUAAGCUAAAUUUUUGUUUCCAACAUAAACGGCCCGUAGUUGGCUUCAUUCUGUAUAAAUAUGCAUCAUUCAAGCUUUUAUUUGAGCACUUGA